AUGGCAAAUACUCGGAUCGAGAGCAUUGCACACCAUCUCGAGACUACCGAUCGCAUCGCAACGCCAAACGAUCAAGCGGACAUUGGUAGCAAGAUGACGACGACAACGACAACGACCAAAAAGGUGUUCCGGUUGAUUCCAGGAGUACAGUCGUAUGACUGGGGUAUUCAGGGUUCAUCUUCUUCACGGGUGGCGCAGUUUGCGAGUGCGACCAAGGAGCUGGAUUUCAAGGCGGAGGACGACAAGCCGUAUGCCGAGCUUUGGAUGGGCACUCACCCGUCGAUGCCGUCGCGAAUCAUCGCUGCUGGCCAACCGGAGGGCAAUGAAAAGUACCAAGCGCUGUCGUCCUACCUCGCUCAGCACCCGGAAUUGAUCGGAGAGAAGGUGGUCGCCAAAUUCUCGGAUGAGAAGCCGGGUUGCCUGCCUUUCCUCUUCAAGGUUCUCAGCGUGGGCAAAGCGUUGAGCAUCCAAGCUCACCCGGACAAGGCGUUGGGCAAGAGGCUGCACGAGCAGAGGCCUGAUGUGUACAAAGAUCCGAACCACAAGCCGGAGAUGGCGAUCGCGCUGACUGCUUUCCGCGGCUUUUGCGGCUUCCGACCGUUGGAGGAGAUUGUUCACUUCAUCAAGACCGUGCCGGAGUUUGCACAGCUGGUCAAGUUGUCCGAUGUGGAGCUGCAGAAGGCUUCGAGCUCUGGCUUGGAUGAGAGCGAGACGAAGGCUAUUCUCAAGACCAUCUUCAGCAACCUCAUGAACUCUCCUGCUUCCGCGUAUGAGCCUUUGGCAGCUCAGCUCUCGGAACGAUUCGCAAAGGGCACCGUGGAGGGAGUACCCGAGGUGGAGAGGAAGCUGGUCCUCAAACUGGCGUCAGAGUUCCCAGAGGACAUUGGGAUCUUUUGCACAUUCCUGCUCAACAUUUCGACACUGCAACCGGGCGAGGCGCUCUUUUUGCAAGCCAACGAGCCGCACGCCUACCUCGAGGGCGAGAUCCUCGAAUGCAUGGCCUCGUCCGACAAUGUCGUGCGUGCAGGUCUCACACCUAAACUGCGCGACACCGAGACACUGAUCGAAAUGUGCACCUAUCAAUCUGGAUCGAACCGAGGACGUCUCUCCGCCAAGCACUGGGACAAGUCGAGCCCGAAACAGGUCGAGGCGCUGCUCUACGAUCCCCCCAUCGAAGAAUUUAGCGUGGUGACGAUCAAGUUGGAACAAGGUCAGGAGGUGAAGAAUGCGCCCGUGGACGGUCCUUCGAUCGUGUUGGUGAUGGACGGCGUGGUCGAGAUCGCGGGAGCAGAUGAGGUGGUCGAGGUGGAGAGGGGCCAGGUGGCGUUUGUUGCGGCUGGGGUGGAGGUGAAGGUGAAAGCUGGGGAGGGGGAGGCGAGGUUGACGAGGGCAUUUGUCGAGGUUUAA